AGAGAGCAACAGAGGGAGGCAAAGAGAGGGGUGGAGGGACUGCACUGAGCAGAGGCUGGGUCAGAGCGCACUGACAAUCACGGAAGAGAGAGAAAGAGGAGACAGAAUUAGCAGCGAAAACAGAGAGAGAGAGAGAGAGAGAGAGAGAGAGAGAGAGAGAGAGAGAGAGAGAUGAGGUAGAUGUGACAGGAUGUGGUUUUCCAGAGCUUGCAGAAUAUCAGCGAGGCAUACUUUGAGCAUGAAGCAGACAGUUUUCUGCACUCCUUUAGCUGACUGAGUCGCCUGAGAGAAAACAACUCGCCACCAGAGCUACUGAUUCCCUCCACACAUCAGACUGCUCCCGCUUGCUUGUUUCUCCUUUCUUCUGCAACAGCUCCUUGUUCCAGCUGUGUCAAGAGGACCUGCGUCAGGAAUCUCAGUGGAUAGGAGCAUCUCUUACUGUGCUCUUCUCCUGUCAGUAGAAUGAGUUUCUCUUUUGAAACAGCUGGUCCAGUUGCUUUCUCCUGAUUUCAACAGUCAACUUUCAGACCCCGGUGUGGUUCACAGCUUCUAAACAGGGUCCACAAACACACUCGGAGAGAUGGGGUGUGGACUGAGAAAGCUGAAGCCGUCCGAGGAGAACAGUCCAGGGAAGAUCUAUUCCACACUGAAGAGACCUCAGGUGGAGACCAAGGUGGGGGUGGCCUACACCUACCGCUUCCUGGACUUCCUCAUAGGGAAAGAUGAUGGCACAUCCACCCUGCGCCUCGUUUCAGUGAGGGAACUUCCCUCCCAGCUCCAAGACCUCUACCAGCAAGGCUUUGUACUGGCAGCAGUCCACCCUUUCAUCCACCCCUGUGGACCUGACACAACCAGCACCCAGCACCAACUGUACCGGGCUGUACUUUCUCGACUCAACGAGGGAAGUGAUAAGAGCCAGUCCAUCCCUGCAGCUUCCUACCGGCUGCAGCUUGAGCACUGUCUGCCCGGUGACCAGGUGCCCACCCCUGAGCUCAUUCAGGGCUACGUCAAGAAGCAGAUCCAGGAUGCGGCUGACCAGGGCAUCACAUUUGUUGGCUUUAUCCAGGAGCCACGAGGGGCCCCUGCCACCAAGAUCCACUUAGAACCAGAAACCCCUUCGCUCUCCCUCCACUCCAGCCCCAGCUCAAUGCUCGGCUCCCUCAGCAGCGGCAGCCCCCUAACCCCCAGGAACCAUGGAGAACAAAGCUCCCCGGAUCAGGAGAACAUGGAGGCUCCAGACUCCCCAUGUGAGGUGCAGGGGGAGAGCUUGCCUGGGACCCCUGGGAAGAGUGGGCUUACUGGGGUAGAUGUCAACCACGAUGGAGGUUCCUCUCAGGCUGUAUCGCCAUCCUCAGACGAACAAAGCCAAGAAGAGAUAGAGGAGGACACACUGACACACAACAACAACAAGACAAAUACCACAGGACCAAAGGAGAAACCGAGCCUGUAUACCAAAAGAAACGGGAUGGAGCUUCUCGCCCUGUUCAACCACCCGGCGGUCCGUGAAAGCCAGUUGAAGUAUUACACCGUCAAGGUGCCUCUGAGGGUUCAGCUCCGCGGUGAGGGGGUCAAAGGGGUGGAGGCCAACUGGUUGGACCACAUGACUCAGCACUUCAACAAUGGAGCUUCGCUUGUCGAUGGAUACUUCCACCUGGGCAACGAUAAUGAUUUGCUGCCUAAGUCGGUGGAAAGCGUCUUCAUCUUCCAAGAGGCAACAGAGGGGGAGUCGAACACCACCACCACCUAUGACGCCAUCGUGGUUGAGCAGUGGACCGUCAUCGACGGUUUGCAGGUGAAGACAGACUACGUUCCAUUACUUCAGUCUCUAGCCAUGUAUGGGUGGAGACUCACCUGUGUGCUGCCUACACCUAUCAUCAAGACUAACAGUGAUGGAAGUCUGUCCACCAAACAGAUAGUGUUUCUACAGAGACCUGUCUUGCCUCGCAGGAGUAGGGAAUCUAAGAAACUGAUGUUUAAAAACCGGAGCAAGUCCAACAAGAACUCUGUCAAAGAUGUGCCAAAGACCAAAAAGAAGAAAAACAAGCCAUCAGAAGGAGAAAAAGAGCUGGAAGACCCUAAGAUUCUUGAAGAUGGGGAGAAAUUUGUGGAAGAGGAGAGCCAGAGCUUGGACGAAAAGGAGGACGUAGAAGAGAGAGUAAAGAAAGCAGAAGUAGAAACUGAAUGGAAAGAGACGGUAGCACCAGAGGAGAUGAAGACCGACAAUGGAACUAAAAGUGGACUUGAAACUGGGGAAGAAUUGGAUGGGGAUGUAGGAACAGAGGUGAGAGUAGGAAAAGACAAGAGAGCAGAGGAACAAGCCAAAGGAAUGGCAAACACUGACCAGAAACAAGAAGGACAGAUGGAAACAGUGACUCCUGUAGAAAAUGGUGGUGUUGAGGAUACAACAGAAAUGGUCAUUGUGACUGAGGGAGUAGAGGAGACUAAAGAUGAAAUGUUUAAAACAGGAGAAAUUGAAAUAGAGGAAGUGAAAGAAAAUGGGAUAGAGACUGAAAAAGAAAAAGAUGGAGAUGGAGAGAGUACAAAAUCAAAGAAUGUUGCCAUGCAACAAAACACACCCAAACAGGAAGAACCACUAGUUCAGGAAGAGGUCCAAGAGGAAAUGUUUGUUGAUGGACAUGUCACAGUGACCAAUCAAAGCCCUGAAAAAACUCUAGGAACAGCAGAGUAGACCUCAUCUUCAGACCAUAGCAGAGACCCAACAAUUUGUCCAAUUCCUCCAAACACCAUCACGUGAAGAGGUCAUUCAAUCUCUGGGACAUGCCUAGGGGUGUCACGAUAUACCGGUAUUGACGAUAAUCAUGAUAUAAAAAAAUGAAAUAUUGAUAACAUUUUAAUAAUACACAUGAUAAUACCGUGAAAAUAAACCAGCGCAAUUUAUAAUUUUAGAUUCUUUAUGUUCAACAUUGUAAGAACAUAUUUUGAGUUUAAGUGUAAUUCCUUUGCAAAAAAAGAGACAAAACAUACAAUAAACAGAGUUAAAGUUGAAUUUGACUAAUAGCAUUAUUUUAUAUAUAUUUUUCAAAUUUUCUAGAGACAUUGCGAUAAUAUCGUUAUUGUGAAUUAUUUUGGCCACAAUAAUCGUGUAGUGAAAUUCAAAUAUCGUGACAGCCCUAGACAUGCCUCUAUCUAUUGGAGGGACAGUUGGAGCUUAUAUCACUGCAACAUUUAUCUCCCUUAUUCUUAUUUUGCCUCCCCAGAAGACAUCUCCCUCUCCAAAUUGCCUUUAUGUUAGCCUUCAACAUACACCCUACUGUAUACUCACAUGCUGAAUGUAUAUAAUUAAUGACAGAGGAGAAGAUUGUAAAGGAUGCCUAUACCCAAACUACUGGAUUCAAUUGAAUUUUUUUUAUCAUUAGGGUCAUUGGGUUCAAAAUGUACAGACUUGCUACUGCUUAUGUCCUGGUCCUAUGCUGUAAUAUACUCAAAUAAUUGUGUUAAUCGAAAAAUGAAAGACAAAAACAGGGGUAAAGAUUAUGGUUAUUGUUGCUACAGUCAAUCCGGUAAAUGGUGAAUAUACUGUAUAUCUUUGUCUUUGUGCCCUUGCCAUUCAAGUGCUAUAGAUCAAUACUGAUAAUCAUUCUGAUUGUCUGGCCAGGAGUGGCAGCUUCACAUUGCCUCCUUAACAGGUCCUUAUGUUUCAGCAGGUCAAGUGUUCAGUAGUAUGAAUCAUCCUCUGAAGGAGGGUUUAGGUAUAGUUAAGGCUCUAAUCAUAUUCAACAUAACAUUCCAGUCAAUGGUAUAUCACACAGGUCCUGCAGAUAAAGAAGCCCGUGGUAAGGACCAAGACCUUUGACAGACGAAAUGAGCGAGAGAGAGAGAGAGAGAGAGAGAGAGAAAGAGAGAGAGAGAGAGAGAGAGAGAGAGAGAGAGAGAGAGAGACAGAGAUAGAGAGAGGGAGAGAGAAAUAAAUUGCCUACUUUAAUUUAGAAAAGGUCUUUUGAAUGGCCAUUUCUCACCUAUUUUGCUUUGAUAUUUCACCUCCAGCUUUAUUAAGAAGCUCUUUGCUGCAUAAUUUCUGACAAUAAAGAAAUACUAAUGUA